CCUGCCUCUGGGUCCUGCUCGUCGAGCAUUUUCAUCUCUCGACGACAUACCCUUUAUCCAGACAACGUGGUUCGCACGGUGGAUCUGUCUUUCUGCGCCUUAGCAUUGUUGUCCGAUCUAGUGCUUGUACUUUCCCCUCAACCCCACUCCAACCCAAAUACGUCCGUUGUACUACUGCAUGCAACAGUAAUCAUGGGCAAACCGCGGAUGAUCAUCUUGAUCCGCCAUGCCCAGUCUGAAGGAAAUAAGAACCGCGAAAUUCACCAGACCAUCCCCGACCACCGCGUCAACCUCACGCCCGAAGGACACCGUCAGGCACAGGAAGCGGGCUCUCAGCUAAGGGCGCUUCUACGACCCGAUGACACUAUCCAUUUCUUCACCUCUCCGUACCGUCGUACGCGGGAGACCACCGAGGGGAUUCUCCAGUCCCUGACCUCAGACUCCCCGGCCCCGUCCCCAUUCCCGAGACAUACAAUCAAGGUCUACGAAGAACCCCGGCUGCGAGAGCAAGAUUUUGGCAACUUCCAGCCAUGUUCCGCCGAGAUGGAGCGAAUGUGGCUCGAGAGGGCAGACUACGGCCACUUCUUCUACCGAAUCCCCAACGGGGAAUCUGCCGCCGAUGCCUAUGACCGCGUUAGUGGGUUUAACGAGUCGCUGUGGCGUCUGUUUGGAGAGGAUGACUUUGCCAGUGUUUGUGUACUCGUCACGCAUGGAUUGAUGACCCGGGUGUUCCUCAUGAAAUGGUACCACUGGAGCGUGGAGUACUUUGAAGAUCUCCGGAACAUCAACCACUGUGAAUUCGUCAUUAUGAAACUGAAUCCGGAUAACGGAAAAUACGUCCUUCAGAACCAGCUACGCACAUGGUCUGACCUGCGAAAGGAAAAGGAGAAAGAGCGGCAGCAUGAGCGAGCAGCCAAGGGGCUGGGUCCAGCGCAACCAGCACCGUCGGAGACAUCCGUCCCUAUUCGACGCAAAUGGGGCGGCUGUCCAGAUGGGUGCGAUCACGGCGUUCGAAGACGAAGCUCCCUGCGUGCGCCUCGUGGAAACACAGCAGACCACACAAAACAUCCCCAUGAUUCCCUUUCCAAAAAGCUCACCAACGACGUCGCCCACAAUCACAAUUCUCAAGAGAAACAAAACAACCUACCCCCCGCCUCCACAAAAGUAACAGCGACAACCACCCAGGUUGACCAACAAAUGCUUCGAGCUCCAGAGCCUGCUCUAGGAGACCGCUCAAUCGAUGCACGGCCUUUGGAUAGAACCGUGCCCUCCCCAGCUCCGCAGUAUGAAUUUCAAGGCGUCCAGCUAGAGGCCACCUCCCAUUUCGCCCAGACAACACCCGACACAUCCAACAGCAGAACCAAUGUCCCACACCGACAUCUCCCAACCUCAACCCCAAACCCAAGUGCGGUUCCCCGCCGUCCCGGCCUCGCGCAUCUUCACCGCGACAGCGAAGACCACCUCCUUCAUCCCCCACACUACAACUACGCCUAUAUCCACCUCGCCGGCCGGGACGGUGGCGGUUCCCUCAGCGGUGCGAACAGCCUCGCCCCAUCCGAAGACGAGCGUGACGAAAAAUCUCACCCCAACACACACAUCUACACUCAUAGCCAUACACAAGCGCGCACCCGGCCCAGAUCCACCUCCACCUCCCACCAGCCCCGACCAUCCCAAGAUCUAGACAAUGACGGCGAUGACGAAAGCAGCAGCAAGCAGGGAGCACGACUCCGACGCACCCGAUCCCACAACCACCAUCGCCAUCUCCCGGGGCCGGGACGCCGAACCCUCACCAAGCGCGUGGCCAACGUUCUCACCAACCAGGACGGAUCAGAUGAACCUAUCCCGACUGACCCAUCAGCUCCGAAAGCAGAGAACAAAUCCGGCCAAGUGGACGAAUACGAUCCGGCCCAUGACCAUGAAGACGAUCAAUAUGAUGACGAUCAUGAUCAUAACGAUACAUGCGAACACCACCAUCACGACGAGGACUACAACGAAGACGACGACACUCUCGAAGCCGAAAGACGUCAUGACCAAAGCAUCAGAGGAAGUGUAUACUAGACAAGCCGCAGGCGGUCAUUCCUCCUCCAAAGUACAAAAGAAAAACAAUCAGACAGAUACCAGAAGGAUACACAAAUAGGGCUAAUUUACUUGAAUAAUG